AUGCUCACCAACAUCGAGCUCGCCAUCUCCUCAGUCUUGCGUAAGCGCGAAGAGGUCACCGUGCCGAGCGUUCUCGUCGACUACCUCAGAAUCAUCGGCUACAUAGCACCGGGGCAGAAAGAGGUCAUCGUCCCCCACGAGGCAGUUGCCGCUUUCGAACACGCACUGGACAAAGAACCCGUCCUACGAGCGCGUCGUGCCACUCCCGACGCCAGCCUUCGUACACACAUGUACACGAAGGAGAUCACGAAGCUCAGGAAGGAAUACUGGAAGCAGAAGCUGAGCGCGUCGUAUCCCGUGCGCUGUACAUGCCCGACGUGCGGGCACACGGUCCCCUACGAGAGGCAGCCGGAGGUCGACGAGCACAACGAUGACGUGCUCGCGGAGAAGCGCAAGCUACGGCGUCUGAAGGGCGGAGGAAAGAAAGUGAAAUCCCGUCGCGUCGUCAAACGCCCGCGGGACUCCACCUGUGCGGUCGCACCCAUCGAUCCAUAUGGACCCUCCACAAGUGCUUUCGUCAUGUAA